UAAGUCACUUGAAUUUUUAUCUAAAACUUAUCACUCCUUGUUACAUAGUCACUGAAGACACCUACUUCAUGGCAAAAGCAACUGAACUGAAUCGCAUUGUGGCCAUCCAUCAAAUACAAUUAGGCGUUAUUCGACCAAAAGAUCGAUAAUCCAAAAAUCGAUAAACAUACUAAAACAAACAUCAUAAAUUAAUUUUUUUCUAGUCUUCAAAAAAGUUAAUUAUCCUCUUUUAGGACCAAUUCCAUAAAUACCCAACAAAUGAAGAAACAAACCUCAGCUAUGUCACACCUCUAUAUAUUACAUUAAUUACAGUUGAAAAUCUCGAGAUAACGAUAUCAGUUGGCGGUGGCUUUGCAAGAAUGAUAGACAUUGCGAGCUCCAUGCAAGGAGAGAUUGUGUACAUGUGUUUUUGGAGAACCAACCUUAUUGACUAUAAAACUACUUGACAGGAGCUCAAAACAGUCAUGAAUGAAAAACAAGAUUUAAUAAGUCUCAAUGAACAGUUUGAUGAUACUGACUCAAAUUCUGUAACAGAAGCCAUAUUUUUAGAACCCGGUGUUUACUAUCCCAAAAAUAGGCCUCUUCACAGUCAAAAGUCGCGGACCAGACCAACUAAACAGACAAAAAGAUUCGUUUUCAAAAACGGUGACUUCAACAUCGAUAAAGGCAACACCAACCACCAGGGGUUCUUCUCAAGAUGGUUCGUCACCAUGGUGGAAGCUCGCUGGAGGUGGACCCUCGUCCAUUUCUUCUUAGCCUUUACUGGGGACUGGCUGUUCUUCGGCUUCAUCUACUGGGUCAUCGCGUUGGCACAUGGAGACCUGAUUGAGGAUCACUUACCUCCAAACCAGAACCAAUCCAACUGGACCCCUUGUGUUGAAAAUAUUUAUGGGUUUACUUCAACCUUCCUGUUUAGUGUUGAAGUCCAUACGACGGUGGCUUAUGGGAAAAGAGCCAUAACUUUAGAGUGUCCUCAAACAAUCACUGCUAUGUGCUUUCAAUGUAUGGUCUGCUCAAUUUUUCAAGCGUUCAUGGUUGGGAUUCUUUUUGCGAAGCUGACAAGACCAAAAGGUAGGACGCAGACAAUUCUCUUCAGCAGACAGGCGGUGGUGACUUUGAGAGAUGGGAAGCUCUGCAUGAUAUUCAGGGUGGGAGACAUGAGGAAGUCAAGGAUACUCAAUAUUAAAGCGUCAGUGUUCGUUUUAAAACUUGGAGAUGACUACGAUGAGAAUUAUGAACAAACAGAAAUGCAAGUGGAACUUGAUGGUUGUGAAACAACAUUUUUCUUAUGGCCAGUGUCGGUGAUACAUGUGAUAGAUGAAAAGAGUCCUUUGUACAGUAUCUCUGCAGCAGAUUUAUUAGUUGGAAAGUUUGAGAUUUUGGCAGUGUUUGAAGGUGUCAUCGAAUCUACAGGGCAGCAAGUACAAGCACGAACGAGUUACACAGAGUGUGAUAUUUUAUGGGGUCAUCGGUUUAUACAAAUGGUUAAGCCUGAUACGAAGUCCAAUAUGUAUGACGUUGACUUUUCUAAAUUGUGUGAAACUGAGAGAAUUGAUACGCCAUUGUGUUCCGCCAGUGAAUAUAAGUCCAUGUUGUCUUUGUUUGACUUAAACACAUAUACUACUUAAACUUGAAUA